AUGAGCUCUUUCUCCCUUCAAGCGCAGAAUAAAAUAGAGAAGACUUGUAAGAAUGGCAUUGGCAUUCUUGAGUUUCUUCCUGGCAAGAAUUAUUUGGUUACAGGUGCCACUGGUUUCCUAGGCAAAGCCAUAAUUGAGAAGCUAUUACGAGCAGCACCCAACGUUUCCCAGAUUUAUCUCUUGAUCAAGGCAGAAAACGAAGAAGCUGCAUUAGAAAGAAUAAAAACUGAAAUAAUAGAUUCAAAUCUAUUCGACUUGGUGAGAUAUAUGCAUGGGAAAUCUUACCAAGAUUUCAUGUUAAGUAAGGUGGUUCCCAUUCCCGGAAACAUUGGCGAAUCAAAUCUUGGUAUGAAUCCUGAUUUAAUGAUGGAAAUAGCAAAAGAGGUAGACGUAAUCAUAAAUUCAGCAGCCAAUACGACAUUCGAUGAGAGAUUUGAUGUAGCUGUAAGCAUAAACACAAGAGGGCCAUCUCGAGUACUUGAUUUUGCAAAGAAGUGCAAGAAACUUUGUUGUUUCAUACAUAUAUAUCAACUGAUUGAUAAGAACAGAGAAGAAAUCCCAGUUGCUAUUGUCCGUCCAAGUGUUAUUGAAAGCACUUUUAAAGAGCCUUACCCUGGAUGGUUACAAGGGAUCAGAAUGGCUGACCCAUUCAUUUUAGCUGACGGCAAAGGCUAUCUUCCUGCCUUCAUAAACCCUGAGGCAGUCAUAGACAUAAUUCCAGUUGAUAUGGUUGUGAAUGCAAUUAUUUCUGCAAUGGCAAAGCAUGGAAUUACUUGGAAACAAGAGCUUAACGUCUACCACAUUACAUCUUCAAGAGUAAACCCAGUGAAGCUGAAAUUCAUAUUUGAUAUGUGUUUUGAACAUUUCAAGUUUGAAAGCAGCGAUACCUACAAAUUGUGGGAAGCCAUGUCUUUAGAAGAACAACUGAGUUUUGGAUUUGACGUGCAGUGCUUGGAUUGGAAGGACUAUUUUUAUAAUAUUCAUAUGCCAGGUCUAAGGAAAUAUGUAAUGAAAAGUAAACUGAGGCCAAAAUUGUGA